AAGAUUUCGGGUCUACCAAUUUAGACCUCAUGACAUGUUAAGGUUGAUAAAAUGUGUGUAGCAAUUGGCGGCUGAACCUCCAACCAAAUAGGGCAUACAUAGUCUGUAGACUACACUUUCUUGAGAUAUAUAUAGAAAAAAACAGAGCAAAGUUGCAGCAGGGCAGCUUGAUGAAUUGCAGCAGACCCACAAAAAUAGUCCAAAUUCUGCCUAUUUUCAACUCUUUCAUAUACCCUUCUCGAGGGGUGGAAAAAAUUGGAUUUUUGAACUUGUGGGCAAGAAGUAGGAAGGGUUUUAGUGCAGUUAGUGUGAAGAAAAUGGCUUGGAGUUUGGAUAACCCUGAUGGGAAUGUGGAGACUAAGAAGGCUACAGUGUCUCCUGCAGCAGAAGAUUAUGGUCAAGAGGCAAUUGAAGCUAUCAGGGCUGGGAAAGUCAUAGCUGUUCCCACUGACACACUAUAUGGCUUUGCUUGUGAUGCUUGUUCUGCUGAGGCAGUGAAUCGUAUUUAUGAGAUCAAAGGACGUAAGCAUACAAGUCCUCUGGCUAUUUGUGUUGGCGAUGUUCAUGACAUAAAACAUUAUGCUGUGACAGAUCAUCUGCCUCAUGGCUUGCUUGACUGCCUGCUUCCUGGACCCGUGACUUUGGUCUUAAGGCGAGGUGAGUCAAGUAUCCUUGAGAAGUCAUUAAACCCUGGAUUAGAGAGCAUAGGGGUUCGAGUGCCAGACUGUAACUUCAUCAGGGUGAUUGCCCGUGGUUCUAGAAGUGCCCUUGCGCUUACUAGUGCAAACCUCAGCGGACAACCUAGUAGCAUAGACAUCAAAGAUUUUGAGAACCUCUGGGAGCACUGUGCAUAUGUCUAUGAUGGUGGAAUUCUUCCAGCUGGGCGAGCUGGAUCGACAGUGGUGGAUCUUACUAAGCUGGGGAAGUACAAGAUUCUAAGACCUGGAAGUGCAAAGGAGGAGACCGUUGCUAUCCUUGAAAGACACUCACUACUGGAAGAUGGAACCGGAGAUUAGCAAGCCACUGUUCAAGUUGAAGCUGUUCAGAAAAACGAACCUCGUGCCUGAGUUUGUAAAGAACAAUUCAUAAAAACUUGACUCGAUGCAGUUGUGCUUCCUUCGUGCUUCUAUUUGGAGUCGAAAUCACUUUGAGUAGAGGAGAGGAACACACGUUUGUUCAUGCAUUGUUUAGUUUGUUAAUGGAAGUGUUCUAGUCACUUACUAAAUAGGAUUCAAAGUGUGUUUUAUCAUUUCCCAUUUGAGAGCAUUUACAAUGUAAUGAAUCAUGUUGUAACAUGAAAGCUUAUGAAUAAUGAAUGGAA